AAAGAGAGCCAGCAACAUCACAUCUUCUCACUCACAUUAUUGCUGAGGAAAUUCUUGGGAAGCUUUGAGAUUAACCCCAUUAUUUGAAACUCCCUAGAAACCACAUUGUUUGUUCAGAUGGGGGGUGAUCUUCCCAACCGGCGAAUAUCGUACUUUUCCGGCUGCGUGUCCCCCUCCUGUGUUCCUGUGCAUGAAGAAUACUCUCGCAUUAAUGCAGGUGGUGCUGACAAGCGAAGCCGGAAAUGGCGAAACCUCUUGAAGAAGCUGGUGAGAGAAAGCAAGGCCAUAUAUGGAACCAAGCCUUUAACAUAUCAAUAUGAUGCUGUUAGCUACUCACAGAACUUUGAUGAGGGGAACCACAAAGAUGAAUAUGCAGCCUGUUCUCAUGUGCUUCAAGAGUUUAAAUGGCAUGUCCAUCAGUAAUGUCUUAAAAAUUUAAGCAUCUUGAUCAUUUACAGUUUUUUUAGAUCUAUUUGAUGUUGAGGAUUAUGUUUCCUGCUCAGCCAUGAUGUAUAUGUUCUACGAUUUUUAUUGAUAUAAGGCGGUAUCCUGAUCGCAAAGAUUGGUUUUUAAGACUGACCGAUGCUUUGUAGGCUUACCAUACUGCUUUCAAAACUAAUCUUGGCAUGUCUCCUUAUAGG